AGAAUUCUAGGGUUGCGAGUAGUUGAGAGCUGAUUCUCUCCCUCUGCCGAGGUUCUUCUUCGCCAAUCCAUAACUCUACUCGAUUUCUCCUUUGAUCUUGAUCUUUGAGCUUGGAAAUUGGUUGCUUUGCUUCCUAAACUCUUUUGGGGUGCAAAAUCUCCAAGUUUUAGCUCGUUUUUUGGAGGUCUCUGGACUGGUUCAUCUAAAACUUUCCGCGGAAACACUAUUCACGUCUUGAGGUCAACGCCUCUAUCUCGAGCUCCCGUUGUUCAAAGCCUGUUUGGGAGGGGUCUUUAGCUUCCCCUUGGUGUAGGGAUUAAGCAAAUAUCCCAUUCCCAAUCUUCCAAUCGAGUUGAAUUUCGCUCAUCUUCUCCAACGGCCCACCUGCGUAUAAAGAAAAAAAAAAAAAAAAAAAAAAAAAAACAGAGUGAAGAUGAUGGUGACUUAGGCGGGUGAACGGGUCUGCUACCGUAGUGCGCAAGUAUGGCGAGGAAGAAACAGUAUGUCAAUGGCGAAUCCUCAACUUCGCGAAUUAUCAGGUCCUCGUUUGCGCUGCUGGAUGGAGCAGGGGAGGAGUUCCCUGGACUAACAUCGGCAGUGUUAAACUCUGGGAAACCUGCUCGUGAACAAGCUGCUGUAACUGAGGAUGAGCCUCUGAUUUUGGGCUCCAAGAAUGCUGGGCAGAAAGCUAAGGGGGUAGAAAAUGCUGCUGGGAAAGAAAACCAAGUUUCAAAGAAUGAUACUGUGACAACCCAGGCUAUUACUACUGCAGCUACCUCAGGGAGUGCUACUCCUUGGUCCUCCCUUUUUAAGGACAAUCGGGCACCCUCGAAUGGCUUUAAAUUGAGGUACAUCCCGCCUAGUGGCACAACCAUUGACUUUUCCGAUAGAAUUAUGCCUAGUAUGGUUGAAAUGUGGGGUUUUUGUUUAGUCGGUUGUUUCACCGGAAAAUUUCCCGGUCUAAAAGCGAUUUAUGAUUUGAAGAACACAUGGGGUGUUAAGUGCAUUAUUAAGCCCCAUGAUAAGGGUUGGGUGAUAUUUAAAUUCCAAAGUGAGGAUGAUAGGACAAAAGUGUUGAAAGAGGGACCUUACACCAUUUUUGGGAAACUACUUAUGUUAAAAGCACUAUCGGAUGAUUUUUCCUUUGAUGAUGAAGAGUUUCUCAAAGUGCCUAUUUGGGUUAAAUUCCCUAACUUACACUUGAAACUUUGGAAUGAGGAUGCUUUGAGUGAGAUUGCAUCCAUGGUUGGUGUCCCAUUGGCUACGGACAAAGUCACACAUGAUAGGUCUAACCACCACUUUGCUAGAGUGCUUAUUGAAGUUGAUAUUUCAAAGCAACCGCCACUUUCAUUUCCUAUUCGACUACCAUCCCGAAAGGUAGUUAAACAAUUUGUGGUGUAUGAAACAUUCCCAAAUUUUUGCUUCCAUUGUAAGAUAUAUGGGCACCACCCGUUUAUUUGCAAUAAGCUAGCAAAAAAGGACGAUGAUACGGUGAAAUCAAGUGAGAAAGGUGAAGAUGAACAAAUAAAAAUUGGGGGAAAGGAAAACAUACUUGCGGAAACUGUGGAAACUGUUGAACCCGCUGCCCAACCCAGUCUGGCAGAAUCUGCCCAGGAGAUCCACCCGACCGGGCCAGGCCCUAACCCGACCGGGUUUCAUGAAAAUAUGACUGUCCAGGGGCAUAACCCGACCGGGCCAGCCACAAACCCGACCGGGAUUAAACCGCAGUCUGAUUCCCAGGUUGCCCAAAGGUCUCCAGAAGUUGUGAAAAGCUCAAAUGAACAAUCUGUGACCGCUUUGGAAGAUAUUGAGAGGUUAGUUACGGAUGAGAAUGAUUUGCACCAACAUGAUGUUGUCAUCAAAUGUGAGAUGGUUAACGGUAAGACACUCAAGUUGGUUGUCAAACCAUUUAGAUUUGUGCGGGCUAGUGUGAUUCGAGUGGAUACUUCCCUUCGACUCACGGACGAUUUGGAUAAAAAGGGCUUAACUUUCACUGCAAGAUGUCUAGAGGGAUUACCGGGAGUUACAAAGAAGAAAGGGGAGGUUUGUUUUGAUGCUAAAUUCACUACUCCUUUCCGGGCUUUCUUUGGAUGUUUAGAUUAGGAACCUGUUGAAGCUAGUUUUUGUUUGAUUUUAUUGGUCCAAAUCUUGGAUUUGAGAGACUAUUUGUAACAUUAAUUUGUGAGGUGGGGCAUGUCCCAUUAUUUUGACGCAUUAUAUCUAGGUUAGUUUAUUCUAGCUUAGAUAGUCAUUUUGACUUGGAUUUGAUGCAUUGUAAAAUGCUAUUUUUCGAUUUCUAAUAUACUU